CCGCAGGCUUCGUCGUCAGCCACCGUUCCUUCGCGAGACUACCUGAGGACGUUCAAAAUUGGUUCAAUCGCGUCAUCUCGAUUCUUCCGCACAACUCUUUUUGGUCUUGCGUCGCGUCUCUUGCCGAAAAUAUCCCGUGGUUGGCCCUAUCUACUUCGAGCGCUCCGACAUGGCGAGGAACUGGGUAGCAGCAUUGGUGUCCAGCCUGCUCACAAGCAGGAGUGCGCCUUUCCGCUUGCGGAUGUUGCGGACAAGAUUUCGCGUGAACAAUCCCAAGGUUCUUUACCAGAUCUUCCGAUGGAGAAGACGCGUUACAAAGCGUCGUCUGUCCUUGAUUCGCAUUCGCCCAGAUUGCUUCAGGCUUUGCUCAAGGCGAAGCAGAGUGUGCUCGUCACGCGACCAUGACCAUCAAUCGAUGUGACCUUACAAUCAAAACGCGUUUGCGAGCACUUGCUGCCGCGUCAGGGCGCGGCAUUGCAGUUUUUUCAGUCCGGAUCGCCAUUGAUGCCUCCAACAGAUGCCGACCCUCCCAGCCCUCAGGAUGGGAAGGUGGAGUCUGUGGAUGGUCCAGGUGAUCCAGCUGUGACCGAUGAAGCUAUCAACAACGUCAUGGAACCUGAGGUCAAGCAGGAUGAGGAAGGUACACACGCUGUGGAGGCAAGCUCAGACUCCAUUUCUACUUCUUCUGCCGUCGCGCCAAUCAAUACAACGGAUUCGAUGUCCCCGUUGAUUAGUCUGGCCGACAUAUCGUUCCAUUCACCCUCCUCCGGCAUCGUUGGGACUCCCUUCUCCGAUGCAUACGCCGGGCGCUUCGAAUAUCCUUUUCCAGACCGGCCUUCAGUCACGGGCUCUCCAGAAGCAGGCCUCGGGUCACCAGCACCAUUGGCGUCCCCAAGUUCAGCUGUGUCAGGUCCCACUUCUCAGUUGUCUCUGAACACACCACCGUCCCUGAAGCAUUUUCCUGCUUCUUUCCCCUCACCCCCGGAACUACAUUUGCCGAGUUAUUCGCCGACACACCCGAAAAUGCGGACCGUGGAUCCUCCGGUUCCACCUGCUUUGGUCAAGCGAAAGCAGCGGUGGACGCUUGGGCUUGGUUCACUGAAGAGGAAGCUUAGUCUCAGAUCGGGGAGUGCUCCAACUGGGUCUGUCAUCCCGGGAAACGAUGUCGAUAUCUCACAGCGACGCAGUGCAAGUGACAGCCCAGGAAUCGGGAUGGAAGAAGAACUGACAUUGAGUCCCACGAGCGAGUUACCGCCUCCACGAGCAGGCGCAGCACACGAAAAGCUGGACUGAGACUCCCCGGUCAUUUUUUCUUUUCUUUUCUGCUUGGCCCGAUGCAGUUCCGGGAAGUUUCGCUGGGUUUUAUGGGUUUCUCUCGAGGUUUCCGAUUACACACGCAUGCCAUUCACUUACAUCAUUAUCUUUUGCACAUAUACUCUCUAUCACAUUUCGCGCCAUGUGAAGGACAUUCACGCACCAUACACAUAGGCGGUCGAUUUGUACACUUGUCACUUUUGCCGUUGCUCGGCGUUCAAGCGCUCAGUGACAAUAUCUCGAUCCUCGUGACGAGAAUCAAGCGCAUCAGUGGCUCAUGUGAUCGUCUCAAAAUUUCCUCGUCUCGCGAUCCCCGCACCCAUGUCGACUCCCAGCAAGCCGUCCAAGGCUACUAAACAGAAGGGCAAGGGCAGAGGUCCCCAAAAUCACACUCUCGUGGCUACCGCACCCGCGGCGGGGCCAUCAAAAUCUGCCUCGAUUGCCCCUUCCGAAAAGUCAAAAAAGAAAGCUGGUAAAGGCAAGGAGCCCGAACCCAAACUCGCUCCUCCUCCUUCUCAAGUUCAGCACGAAGAUGAAGAGGACGAUGAGGACGAGGAUGAUGAAGAUUGGGUUGAUGAGGGAGCGGAUGAUUCGUCCGACUCAGGCAGUGAGGAUGAGGAUGAGGAUGAUGGAAUCGACGAAGAAGGCAUGGCACGGCUCAUGAAAGCGCUGGGAGACGACGGGCUGGAUGAUAUGGCACAUAUGGAGCUUCGUGCUCUGACAGGCGACGAAGACAGCGAAUCCGGGGAGGAGGAGGACGGGGAUGAAGAGCAAGGCGAAUCCAGCGCAGAUGCUUCGGAGGACGAUGCGGCCCACGCAGCCCAGAAUCAGGAUGUCGAUAUGGAGGGUGCUGUUGACGAAGAUGCGGAUAUCGCCUUGGAUGAUGCGGAGUCCGUCGACGCUGACGCUGUCCCCCGACAAAAACUAGAGAUCAACAACACAGUCGCUCUCGAGCGGAUACGGGACACAAUAAAACUGGAUCCAUCCAUGUCAUGGACGGAAACUCUCGUCGUCUCGCACCCCAAAACUAUUGAGGUUGAUGUCGACGACGACCUCAAACGCGAACUGGCAUUCUACCAACAAGCUCUGGACUCGGUAGCUACCGCCCGCAUCCUUGCCUCCAAACACUCUCUCGAAUGGACGCGACCCGCCGACUACUUUGCCGAGAUGGUGAAAUCCGACUCACACAUGGAGCGUAUCCGACGUAGAUUACUCGACGAACGAGCAGGCAUUCAGAAGAGUGAGCAGGCCAGAAGAGAGCGCGAGGGCAAGAAGUUUGGCAAGGCAGUUCAGGUUGAGAAGCUCAAGGAACGUGAACGUGGCCGUAAGGAGAUGGAAGAGCGAGUGAAGGGACUGAAGAGAAAACGGGGAGACAUGCUAGACCGUCCCUCAGGAGAUGACGAUGGCUUCGAUGUUGCGGUCGAGGACGCUAUAGCUGACCGGCCCGCCAAACGCGGCCGAUCAGGCGCUGGCCCGUCAGACAAGAACAAGAAAGGAAUUGGUCGUGAUGCUCGAAAUAAGAAGUUUGGAUUCGGAGGCGGGGGGAAACACUCCAAAUCCAACACGCGGGCAUCGACUGAUUCGUUCGUAAGCGGUGGCGGAAAAGGGGGCAAGCCUGCAUUUGGGAAAGGAGGCAAGGCAGGAUUUGGCAAGGGCGGCAAAAGCGGCGGUGGGCCAAAGCGUUUGGGGAAAAGCCGCAGGAAUGCCUCCAAGGGCAAGUAAGUAUGGGGAGUAAGUAGGGCUACAUGACGUAUUACGAUACAAUCUACGGGAAUGCGCUUUGCUGCGGUUGCCUAGUCUUUCGUUUGCUCUCGCCCUCCUCUUCGUUCAACAUCAACACACAGGUCGCCGCCAAGACGAAAACGACCAUGCUUGCGUAUACUGGAGCUGCACGGCUAACUAGCAGCAGGAAAC